AUGCUCCAAACACUACCACUUAAUAUGCUUAAAUGGUCAAAGGAUAAAAAGGAAGAACAGCCUAGUGAUUGGCCAAAAUUUGCAGAACAUUUGGAGCACUGUGUUGAAGAUGUGCGACGAGUAGCAAGCGAAACCCACAGGGAAAAAAUACCUGAACAGCUGCUGUCAGCAGUUCUAAAAGAAUCGGUCGAUAAAUCUAAUGCAGAUGACAAACUUUUUGUCUGUGUAACUCGUGAGGCCAGCAAAGCUUUGUCAGUUUUAUCUUCCUAUCAUCGAGAUUAUGAGAGUAAGGUAGAACGUCAAGUUGCUGAUCCAUUGAAUCGUCUUGUUGAAGAGACCUGUGUCAAUAUCGCAAAGAUAAACGCAAUCUACAAAAAUGUAUGA